CCGCAACAAGCGAGUAAAGGAGACGCAGAAGGAACUGUAUAAAUGGCUUUCCUGGUUCACGGGGAAAGAUUUAGUAGCGAGAAAAACCCUGGGAUUUUCCUUCCGAGAUCGAUAUUAGUUGGACUGGUAAGUCUAUUUGCGGCUGCAGAUAUGCUUUUUCACUGUACAGAAAUACGAUUCAUAGGUUAGAAAACAAUCAAAGGAGCUUUUAUUUUAUUUAUUUAUUUUAGUGAAAAACGCUGUGGCUAUAUUUUUUAUAUGCCCGGCAGAUCCAGCGAGUGAUCUAGAGGCACUGUAUUUUUUUUUGGGCUAAACGGAUAUGUGUCAGGAGAAUAUGAUUCGCUAACUGCCCUCACGCGAUGUUUAUAUUUAAAGAUUAAAGGUUCCUAGAAUUUCAACCUAAACGGGCUUUUAGAGGAAGGUUCAAAUACACGGAAUUUGAAUGGACAUUAAUACUCUGUGCGAAGUAAAUGUUUAAAAAAAUGAGAUUCAUUUUUGUUCGAGUGAUUGAAGACGGGCUCAAAACAACCUGCUAGUCAUUUGCAUUUCAUGUACAAAAAACUUUGAUGUGUAAAUAAGUGUCAGGAGGUGAAAAUUUUAAUAUCUAUGGUAGAUAUUUUGACGACAACGAUUGCUAAAUAGAACUGAAAGGGAAGGAUAAUGUAAUUUUGGGCGCACUUGAGUGGCACUAAAUAACGUUGAUUAUGCACUCAUUAUUGUCUUGGAACAGAACUGAACAGCAUUUGCUUUUUUAAAUAUUCGUAUUUUACCACUCUUCCUUAGUACUGUGGGGCGAACCCAAGCAAAAUCAAGUGACCAAUUUUUCGAACCUGCGUAAGUGGGAACCAACUAUCCAUGACACUGACUGGCUAAAAAACACUUUUUCGCCCGCCGCGAGUGGCUCUGAGGCAAGAAGGACGACCGCUCGUGGUGUAAUUCAAAACGACGAUUUUUAUCGCAACACAGCAUCACAACACUGUUUUGAAUGGUUGCGACAUUGGUUUAACUUGAAACGCUGGGUUGCACUAAAAAUCGUCGCGGCGAAUCGUCUCGUGUAACAUUACAUGUAGUCUCCUACCCAGCGGUUCUUUGUAGGAACGUUAGGGAUCGACAGUAUCUCGGCCGGCUUGGUUUUGUCAUUUUCCGAUUUCAAUGUAUGCCCAGAUGUAAUCUGUGGCGCAGGCUACAAAAGCCCUAAAGUAACCUUGACAUUCAUUUGCGUUCGUUUGCUUAUCAUUUUUAUCAGGUUCAUCUAUGACUUUGUAAAAUUUUUUCUUUGUUUUUCCCUGUCAAGACGAUAUAUGCUCUCAAAAUAUUAGAAAGACUGCGAUAAACUAUCGAAACCGUAGCAUGCGAGCGGUAUAUUUGCUGGGCACGAGAGUGCUACCCGCGGUACAUGUUUCCUAUUCACAUUGAAGUCACUGAAGAAAACCAAACUCAGCGCUCAUAACGGAUUUACGUGUCUCUCUGGAACGGAGAGGGUUAGCCUACGAGCUACUGUAGCUCUCCAUUUGAAGCCACACGCAACUGAUAUUCUCUUAAUGGACAGAGAUCCACACUGUUUUUAGCCAAAGGCGCUCUCACUAGAGGGUGAAAAUUAUUUUGGUCGUCUCCCUUGUUCGACACGCCUUGCUGUGGUUUUAAACUCGGCUGGUUACGAGCUCAAUUGGUUGAGUAACAGACGGAAAGCCCAGUUCAAUUCGCGGCCGGACCAAUUCGCUUCCUUUACGCUGACAUCUACGAUUGGUUAGAGGUUCUAGUCUUCUUGGCACAUAACUGAAGUUGAAAACCCCUUGGCCCUUCUCGUAACAUAACACUCUAGUGCGUGUGAACCUCUAGUAGUAAUCACCCCUACUUUCUAUCUUUCAUGGGUUGUGGGAGGGGAGGGCACCUUGCUUGAGACCUAUAAUUCCUGUUAGUGCCUAUCCCCUCUGGGCAGGUCAGUGCCCAGUAAAGUUUGUAAAACUAGUAAAAAUAACCGGUCCUGGGUAGCUGGAAAAACAAGUUGAUGACCUCCAUGACCUUUUCAUUCCGGCAAACUGGGUGAUAUGUCUGAAAAAGCUUUGGAAGGACGUAAAAUUUCUCUGCCAAGGGAGAGUUAGGGCAAUUCUAUAUUCUAUGGCUGCUUUUUCGCAGAUAGCUAGCGAAACCAGCCAUGAACAGUCGAGUCCAAGUCUCCGAGAAAGGAGAUUCAGAACAUGAAACUACCAGAUGGCGUCCUGAUAGCUGCUGGUCUUGGCUGGUGUGUGCUGCUUCUGGAAUAUCGCUUGUUAUUGCCUCGGGGAUUGGUUACAGCUUUGGACUUCUGCUGCCAGUUUUGGUAGAACACUUUGACACAACUCGGCAAGCGGCAGGUAACCCCACUGGGGUACUCUGGAGUUAAAGUGACGGGGAUGAUCGACAGAUUUUUUUCAGGGAUGUAGUUAAGGAAAAGCUAAGCGGGCUUGUUUUAUUAAUCAAGCUGCCUUUUUCUUUCACAAGUGUACUUUUAAAGCUCCUCCAUGUCUUUGUUUUCCAAAGCAAUUUUGAACCGGUGGUAGCUCUUUUUCAGCCGUUGAAAUUAGUAGACAGCCUGCUCUUAGCAAUAUCCCUGUUUGUGGGUUCAAAAUUUUCGAUUCCGGGCUUUUUUGUAGGGUAGGAAAAUUUGGCAAGUAUUUUUUUGGGAAUGCCUUGAUUUAAGUAGGUAUGUUUCUGAAGGUUGGUGUAACACCGCUUGCUGUUUGAAUAGUUAAGGGGUCAAGGUUUUAGAAUAUGGGCAGAGGAUAUUUUGGGGAUUAAUGUUUGGUCCAGGGAUGUGUUUGGGUUUCCUUAGUAGCCAUAAGGAUUACUUAUUUGGGUUCUAAUUAUUAUAGGUUUUGGUUUUGCCCUCUUUCGAUCAUCCCCUUUGCUUUAACGCCGGAGUACCCUCCUGGGUAGGUAACAACAAUCAUCGAAACAAAAUCCAAACGAAGGUAGGAGCCAUGCUGGGAAAACCCCGCAAUAUACCGAGCGACAAAUUCUUUUAACGUACAAUUAUGGAGAAAUAUAUACAAAAUUUUGGGAUGUGAUAGCAAAUGCAGGUAUCUUUUUUGGUAUUCACAUAUUUAUAUCAUAUUACCGUAAUGGAGGGGUUUCAAUAGUUUUGUACCCGGGCUCUGUAAUAUAUCGAUGCUGGGGCGACCCUAGACAGCUAGCUGGAGAAUGUAAAGGGUUACUGAAAUGAAAUUUGACAGUACCUCUCAGUGUUAUUAUUUAUUUUAUAUCAUUGACUUCUUCACAAUGAAAUUUGUACGGUCCCUGAUGGACCUUGCCCGGCAAUAGCGAUGAAAAAGUUUUAAUGGCGACACCUGAUCACUUAACCACAACCGAGUACAUUAAAACGCAAUGGUCAAAAAUAGGUGUUCAAUUUGUAAAAACUUUUAAGGAGAUUUUUACUUUGAUGCAGGGGUAAAUUGAAAAAAUAAAACUAGAUGAGCGUAUUUCAUGACCUAACCUUACUGUAGAUGGAUUUUUGGGACAAAAAAAAUGUUGAAAUUUUGCCGGUGCAGAUACCUUAAGUGAAUUUUUUGGAAUUGAAAUGUACUAAACAUUUCCGGAAAAGUUUAGCCUGUGACAGAGAGAACAUUUUAUGCAGUUCUCGGAGUAUUGUUUUAAAAAGCAUAUGUAAUUCUUGCGCAAACAUUAGCAAAUCACAUGAUCGAUUCCAAGGUCAAAUUUGAAAACCGGAAAGGACUCUGUUGGUUUUUUUUUCUUCAAAGAAAAAGGGAUUGUAAGUUCAGAGGGAUGCUGCCGUGUAAAAAAAGGCGGGGAUGAAUCGUCGGUGAAUUGAUCUUUAAUAAACCCUUCUAAUGGAGGCCAGUUUGGUUAGAUUUCAUAUGUAAUUGGAUUAGCCUAUCAACACUGUAUUUUCCUCACGCACAUCCCUGACGUACUCGCAUGUGUACAAAAUAUCAACGUCCCAUCCUGAUCACCUAAGUGAUGCCAACAUCUACAAUUUGCACAUGGCAUGGGAGUCUUCAUAGGGAGUAAAGCUCCCGUAAAUCAAAAAAUUGAUAUAAGUUGUGCAAUUGAUCCUGAUCAUUAUGGCAGAUAGUUUUCAGUAGCGACGUUUACCGCUUUUUCCCAUAUUUAACAGUUUGACCUGUGAAUGUCGUUGAGGUGUCUCGAAUAACGGACGUGUUGACCUUUUUGGUGCAGCCUGCAUGGCAGGUGCAAAAAAGGCCUGCCAAGCAGGGUAGGUUUGGUAAUAAAAUUGAAAGAUGGCGAAUUUUGAACCUAUUCAUCAUCAUCAUCAUCAUCAUCAUCACUGAUAUCAUUUAUCAACACCACCUGGCAUAUAUCUUGAACCAAGUCACAAGCUACUGAAAACUCGAAAUUAGCCUUCCACCUAAACGAGCUAUUGCACUGACAGCGCUCUGCAGGGCGUAAAGAGAGAGGGUGUUGGCGUAAAAAACUGGCUCACUGGCAGACUGGAGGGUUAAGUGCAAAUAGCGUACGAUUUUAAUUGCCUAAUGCCUUUCUUCCAAAUUCAGCAACAUUUAACAUACUUUACGUUGAAGUUUUUGUAUUAAUUUUCCUUUUUAGUCUUAUUUCGAUUGUUGGCUUUCUUGUUGCUCUUUUUUUAAUGAUAGGGUUAUUUUUGUUGUGUUUCAGCAUGGAUUGGUUCACUCAGUAUGGCCUUUGGCUAUUUCACAUGUCCUCUCGGUUCCUAUAUCAACGAUCGCUUCAGCUACAGAUUCACCGCCUUGCUGGGCUCAUCAUUUGGAAUGAUCGGCUUCCUUCUUGCAUCAGUUUCUUCCCGACUAUGGAUGAUGUACCCCACAUUUAGCCUCAUAUCUGGGUGUGGUCAUCGGGCAGUCUACAACUCCUCUAUUCUGGUGGUCCUGCAGUACUUUGUCAGACGCCGUUCGUUGGCUGUUGGGAUCAUUACGUCGGCAACAGCUGUUGGCAUGCUUGCAAUAACUCAAUUCACCCAAGCACUUCUGAGUGCAUUUUCAUGGCGAGGAACUUUAAGAGGAUUUGCCCUUCUCUACGUUAUUUGUGGAUUGUGUUCUUUUGUCUUUGUGCCUCUUGACAAAGCAUUAGAAAAAGAUGCCGAAAACCUAACAACGAAGCCAAGACAAAAGGAAACGAGAUGUCAACCCUUACAUAAAAAUGGUUUCUUUAUUAUUUUUUCGAUUUCACUGAUUAUUGUUUCUUUGGGAUACUACGUUCCAACUGUCCACAUAGUGAGUACAGGAUUUUCCUUCUUCUCCUCCUUCAUUUACAAGCAUUUCAACAUUAAUAUCGUAAUACUUGGCAGUUUAUCCAGCUUAAGGUGCUAAUUGUCUCAACGCAUAAUCAAGACGGCUGUAAGUGCAACUAUUGCUGGUUAACGCAGACACAUUUUUUAAUGUUUUUUUUCAUAUCGCGAUACUGGCGGCAGUCUAUUCAGUUAGGUGGGGCACUAAUUGUUUCACCUAUAAAAGAACAGUUGAACCUCCACACAACGGCAACCUUGGGGACAGAAGAAAGUUGCUGUUGUAGAGAGGUUUAAACAAGAGUUAAAGUAUGGACCUUUCUAAAUAAUUCUAAAAGCCGAGGCCAGGAAUGUAUUAGAAUAACUUGAACAAGAAGAAGACAUCGCGUCUUUUUACACAUUCAACGCACAAAAACUGCAAAAACUGUAAAAGAAUAAAAAUUAGAAGCCUUGAAAUAUAUUUCGCUCUUUGAGCCUCUUCAGUCAAUAGUAAAAGACUGAAGAAGCUCGAAGGGAGAAAUAUAUUUUAAGACUUCUAAUUUUUAGUCUUUUACAGUUUUUACAGUUUUUGUGCGUUGAAUGUGUAAAAAGACGCCAUGUCUUCUUCUAGUUCGAGUUAAAGUAUGGACUGUCUGCCAAAAAUAGUGGCUGUUGUAGAGAGGUGGCGUUUAGUGGAGAUUCGACUGUAUGCCAGUACAACAAUUGGUGGUUAUAGAAGAUUAUGAAAUUUUUAUUUUCCUUAAUUUUAUUUUUAAUUGCUUUCAUCUCGUUUCGAGCAGCGAAUUUUAAGAAGGGCCUCUAAUAUAAUUUGGAGUAGCUCAAGUGCCCUUUCUUUAAGAAAAAGAUUUUCCUUGAUAAUUCGCAUCAUUUUCUGCAGUUUUGAUCGUCCUUGGCCAGUUCAACUUAGUUCAUAACAAGUAUGCAGAGGUGCAUGUUAUCGAAAUACACCCCUCCAGAUUGGAUAAUUAGUAUUCAAAUUACAUCCCAGGACUAAUAACGUUCGUUUCUAAUAUACGACGAACACUGAGCUGAGCAUUGCCUAAGCGGCUUUGUGGAAAUAACAUCCUGUCUCCUUCCCCAGAGCAAUUAAGAUGGAGUAAAGAAUUAUGUUCUCUUUUUGUCUUUGUUUUCAACAGAUCAAACAUUGUCAACAAGAACUCCAUAUCUCUGGGGAAAAGUCAUCUAUAUUGUUCAUUUAUUUGGCUAUAGCAUCAUUCUUCAGUCGCCAUAUCUUCUGCACGCUGGGCGACUUCAGAUGCUUCAACAGAUUUCAUCUCUAUCAAGUGGCAAUGACCAUCAGUGGAUUGUGUGUUAUAUGCCUGCCGCUUGCAAAAUCAUUCCCCUCCAUUGCUGCAAUUUUCAUUGUGUUUGGACUCAUGGAAGGUGCUCAAAUGGGUCAAUUGACUUUGCUGGUUUUGGAAUGCGUUGGAAACGACAAGGUGAACCAAGCAUGGGGCUACCUAAUGCCCUUUUUAGGACUGAGUAUUGGUAUCGGUCCUCCGCUUGCUGGUGAGUUGAAAACGUGAAUCUAAUUUAUCGCCCAGAAUCGGGCGACAUGCACCGGGGAUAUUUUGCACUUGCUAUCGCGAAAAUCAAAAUUCAUUCUAGAAAACAAAGUGUAAAACAAAAGAAAAUGGCCUCAGGCCGGCUAUCAGGACGCAAAUUUAGCGGGUUUGGGAGCUUUCUACGUUGUUUUCGUUUUAGUUGGCAUAUGGCUUUUGUAGAUAACUAAGGUUAAAAACAAAGGAAAUAAUGGUUUUCGUGGUGUUAUAACUGUAGUAGAACCUGUUUGAUUUUCUCUUGAAAAUAGCCUAUUUUCUGCACUUUUUGGAAGGGGGGUGGGUAUACGAUAGGAAAACGAGAGUAUCCCGCUCGACAGUGUCGCCUGAUAGCAAUUUUAAUUUAAAAACAGGUGUUUGUUGUUUCUCUGUCAGGAAAUAUAAUUUUUGCUAUGUCUCCUGAGGUGGGGUGCUUUUUAAAGCCCCACGAUAGGGUUUUGUAUGAAUUUGCUGGCCCCACCCUGGGGCAUUUGCAGUUUUCCAAACAAAACAAUGGCAUACACCGGAAAAAUUUAAAUGUAAAAUGAAAAAGGUUAAAUUGGGGUGUCGCGAUGAUAUUUGACCAUUCUUUUCUUUGCUUACAACUCAUUGGUUAUUAUUAAAAUUUGUUCUGCAGGUUUAAUGGCGGACAGGUUUGGCUCGUACACCCCAUCGUUUUAUACCGCUGGGGCAGUUGUAAUAGUUGGAGCGUCGAUUACAUCACUUAUGAUGUUUGCAAAAAAGCAACCUGAAAACUAUGACGUGAAGCAAUCUUAUGACGAAGAACAUCUCUUUGUUAAAGGGCAACUUGAAAACUUUGACGCGAAGCAAUCUUACGACGAAGAAUUUCUGGUUACGGAAAAAGUAACUGUCCUUUGAAUUAAUAGACGAACCUUACUUAAGACAUUUGGCUACCAUAUAGAUAUGCCAUGCAUGAUUUUCUGUUUCCGUGGAGUGCCGUCCAGCUUGCUCGGAUUUCAAGAGCAGCAGUUGCGGCAGGAAAAGAAAACAACAUUUUAUUUUUGGUUGAUUGAUUCCCUCUUUUGCAGGCAGAGGGCCAUAUUUUGCUCAAUAGAAUUCGAAAAAAUGAGUGUUGUAUUCGAGGUUGGAAAAUGCUCAGGUUUCGUCUCGAAGAUUUUCAUUGAGUACAACUGUCCGAAUUGAAGAGAAUAUAGUCAAAUAGAAUCUGCUUAAAAUUAAAAGUAGUGGAUUGUCCAUCCCACUGAAGAAAAACUGGAUAGAGUAUACCCUCCCUGAUUUAACGCAAAAUAAUGUUUGCCGGCACCUUGCUUUGUAAGCUUCAAAUAAUCAUAGGUCAAUUGCCUUAAAGGGGCUGUGUCGUGGCUCUCUACUUCAUAUUGCCAAGUUUGCUUCCUUGUACGCUUUGGAGCUAAAAGUUAACGAAGAAAUCACCUGUACAUCACAGCUUCUUGUCCAACUAAUAUACUUCCCAAGUAUAUUGCAUCAAACGUGACAAACAACAAAAAUGAACUUUGAAAUACUGUUAGGUUAACAAGUUUUCAAAAACCCACAACUUCAAGUUUGUCCAUCUGUGGCUCCUUUUGUGUAUCCGGCCUUCUUCUACUGUUUUGACGGUUCCUACUAUUCGAGUUUUGAUAAAUUCCGUGACACAGCUCCUUUAAGAUUCUUUUCGAUCUCUCAUUGCCUUUUUGUUCACAUUUUUACGUAAGCAUUUAU